UCUGCAAUAAUUUCAGUUGUUCUGCAACAUUCUCCAAGCCUUUCAGCAUGAAUCAGUACGUGACUUUUUUAUUUAUUAGGAUGAAGAAUCCAAUAAAGGCUAUUAUCCAGAGAUACUACUAGCUCUGCAUGGCAAAAGCCACUUACUGAGCUGACAAAACAAGGCAUUACUAGAGUGUCAAGGGAAGACUGCAACGUAAUUGAUAAUUCAAGCAUGUGAUUCAGUUUUAGCUUUUUUCCCCCUACUGAAGCCAACUAAGAGGGAAAAACUGAAAGCAUUAUCAAUAUGGUAUCCGCCUACGACUUCCGGGAAGGGUGACUUCGCUUGUGCCUGCUUUUGAGACGGGCUCCCGCCUCAAAAGAAGCUUAUUCAGAUAUAAAUCAGUCAGAACAUUUUUUUUUGACUGAUGAAAUUUCUCCCGGGCAGGGAGAAACGUAGAGAUCAACCUCAAAAGCCUGUUUUUGUUGGGAGGACUGGAUUUCAUUAAUUUAUGAGAAAAGGUCCAGCCAGCAAUGCCGGACGGACUUCCAAACAAGCUCUAUCUGAUUAAUGCGAUACGUUUAUCUUUUCUUCAAAGAGAAAACGGACUAACAGGCAAGCACCCUUCUUUCUAUUAUUUUUUUUACUUGGUUUAAAUUGUUGCAGCAAAAAGAGAUUUGUCAAAUGAAUCAGCUUUAAAGAACUUCUGGGUGAGCUAUAACUCUUCUCUGUUAUUCACGAAAUUAACAGCUUAUCUCUGUUUCUAUUGCAAAAAACUGUCCUGGAAGUGCAUUCUAAAGAUAUAAACAGAAGAGGGAUUUCUAUUCCGAGGAACAUUAUAUUGUCUGGGACUAUUCUCUUUUUGGUCUAUUUUAUUUUGACGCCACUAACUGUUUUGAUGCUGGGAACUAAAUUUGUUUUGUAUUCUUGAACAUAGAGAGAUAAGGCAGGCUGCUCUGUUUAUACUGUGAUGUCAUCAAGCCUGGAAUAUUAACCCAAUUGUUGCUGAAAUAAGAAGUGGUUCUUCUUUAUUUUUGUUUUGUUUUGUUUCCGUGGUUUUAAAAAUGGCAAUCAAGAAAGUGGCUGACAAUCUAGAAGUAAUUAUGUUUCAGAAAAUAAUGGAUGAGAUUGAGAUAACGAAACAAACCCUGCGACAGGGCAGUAAGGAGCUGAAAAUUGAACUGAGCAAAAUGACGCAGGAGCUUAAAGAAAUAGGGGAUCCUGUGAGAGAGGAGAAUGAGAUCAGAGAUGAGAAAAGAAAAAAUAAAGGGAAGAUACAAGCCCUGGAGAUUGGAACAAAUGUGGAAUUGGAAAAAGAUCUGGAGUUUAUGGAUAUUAGAAAUAAAAUCUACUGUUUGGAAUUUAACGUUAUCUCUGAAGAAAUUAAUGAAGAUAUUAGAGAUAAAGUUAUCAAUGGCUUGGAUAAUCUUCUGGACUGGAAUGACGUGAUGGAGCUUGAUAUAGAGAAAAUCUAUGGAAUUAACUGCAGCCAUGUGACAAUGGAAAAAUUCUCAAGAGAUGAGCCAGUGCAUUUUGUAAAAAAGAACAGAGAUAUGACUUUACAACAAUAUUUCAGCAACUUAUUCAGAAUCGAUGGCAAGAAAAUAUUUGGGAUAGAGGAAAUUCCCAUCAGACUCUUAUUAUAUGACUAUGGCUAUGACAGCAAGAUUAUUAUGGAAUACUGAUAAUGGAAGAUUGGACACUGAAAUUACUGGACUUAACAGGACUAUUGAAGAUGGAAGAUGGAAUUAAUAUGGAUAAUGGAAUAAUGGCUAUUGAAAUUAUUGGACCUAACAGAUUUUGAUGAGAUGGAUUAAUCGAUAUGUUUAUUUGGACUAUGGUUAUGACAAUAAGAUUAUUAUUAUUAUUAACGAGAUGGAUUAAUCGACAUGUUUAUUUGGAGAAAAAUUGAU